CCCCUCUUUCAAGCAUCGUUUCUCCCUGCUCGCGACCUGGUGGCUCCCUGUUUACGCGGUUCUCGGGCAUCUCCUGCUUCUGGCUAGUCCCACGAGUGCAGUGCCAUCUUUUUGUGUCCGGUAGAGCCCUCGUUCUACCUCAAUUUUGCAACUCUUUCACUAAUUUCCUUCAAGACAUCGAUCUUCCGGUUUCCCUUUGCGGGUCGAUUCCCAGUUGAAUAGGCAUCAUGUCUGACAAGCUUACUCGGUAAGCCUUCGUUACGACCUUGCAACCCUUCUGCAACUCGGCGCCUGGUGCUAAUCGAUCUUUUUUCUCUCUCAAUAGUAUUGCCAUUGUCAACAGUGACAAGUGCAAACCGAAGGUACGAGACUCUCUUAGCAGCAUCCGCCGGUUGUUCCCUCGUCCAUGAUACUCAUAUUCCCAGAAAUGUCGUCAAGAAUGUAAAAAGUCUUGCCCUGUCGUCCGUACGGGUAAGCUGUGUAUCGAAGUUUCUCCGGAAUCAAAGAUCGCCUUCAUCUCCGAGCGCCUAUGUAUCGGUUGCGGUAUCUGUCCCAAGAAGUGUCCUUUCGGUGCGAUCCACAUCAUCAACUUGCCAACCAACCUGGAAACCCAGGUCACCCACCGUUAUUCCGCCAACAGCUUCAAGCUUCACCGUCUCCCGAUGCCCCGUCCCGGUCAGGUUCUCGGUCUGGUUGGAACAAACGGUAUCGGAAAGAGUACUGCUUUGAAGAUUCUCAGCGGCAAGCUGAAGCCUAACCUUGGACGUUAUGACAACCCCCCCGACUGGGAGGAAAUCUUGAAGUACUUCCGUGGAUCCGAAUUGCAGAGUAUGUCAACCCAGCAAGUCGCCUGCAGAACACGAUUCAAUGGGUUCUAACCAGCGCAGACUACUUCACCAAGGUCCUCGAGGAUAACCUGAAGGCUGUCGUGAAGCCUCAGUAUGUCGACCAGAUCCCCAGGGCAGUGAAGGGCCCUGUCAAGAACGUCGGCGAGCUCAUUAAAGCCCGUUCUCAAUUGGACAACAUGGAGCACAUCCUGGAGAGCCUCGAGCUCAAGCAGGUCCGUGACCGUGAUAUCGACCAUCUUUCCGGAGGAGAGCUUCAGCGUUUCGCCAUCGGUUUGGUCUGUGUUCAGAAGGCUGAUGUUUACAUGUUCGACGAGCCGUCCUCUUACCUUGAUGUCAAGCAGCGUUUGGCCGCUGCCCGUGUUAUCCGGGAGCUUCUGCGACCCGACGACUACGUCAUCGUUGUCGAGCACGAUUUGUCCGUCCUUGAUUAUCUUUCUGAUUUCGUCUGUGUGCUUUACGGAAAGCCUGCUCUAUAUGGUGUUGUUACGCUGCCUGCUUCUGUUCGUGAAGGUAUCAACAUCUUCUUGGAUGGUCACAUUCCGACGGAGAACCUGCGAUUCCGUGAGGAGUCCCUCACUUUCCGUCUUACGGAGGCUGGCGAUGAUUUCAUGGCCGACAAGGGCCGUGCUUUCGCUUAUCCUAGCAUGGAGAAGACCCUGGGUAACUUCCACCUGAAGAUCGACGCUGGUAGAUUCACAGACUCUGAAAUCGUGGUCAUGAUGGGAGAGAACGGAACCGGAAAGACCACUUUCUGUAAGAUGCUUGCUGGCGCCGAGAAGCCCGACGACGGCAAGUCGGUCCCUCGCAUGAACAUCAGCAUGAAGCCCCAGAAGAUCACCCCCAAGUUCCAGGGCACCGUUCGUCAACUGUUCUUCAAGCGUAUCAAGGCUGCUUUCCUGUCGCCGCAGUUCCAGACCGAUGUUUACAAGCCGCUUCGCAUUGACGACUUCAUUGAUCAGGAGGUUCAGAACCUGUCUGGUGGUGAAUUGCAGCGUGUCGCCAUUGUCUUGGCCCUUGGUCUCCCUGCCGACAUCUACUUGAUUGACGAGCCUAGUGCCUACCUUGACUCUGAACAGCGUGUUAUUGCCGCGAGAGUCAUCAAGCGUUUCAUUAUGCACUCCAAGAAGACCGCCUUCAUCGUCGAGCACGAUUUCAUCAUGGCUACCUAUCUCGCCGACCGAGUGAUUGUCUUCGACGGUAAGCCGUCCGUUGAUGCCCACGCCAACGCCCCCGAAUCCUUGGUUACUGGUUGCAACAGUUUCCUGAGGAACCUGGAUGUCACCUUCCGUCGGGAUCCCAACAGUUACCGCCCUCGUAUCAACAAGUACGACAGUCAAAUGGACCAAGAACAAAAGUUGGCUGGCAACUAUUUCUUCCUGGAAGAAGAGAGUUGAAGAGGUUGUUCCUGGAAAGCAUGACCGCGAUCAUCACAGGCGCGAUGAUCGCGACUCCCGCCGUCGGCAAUACAAACGUCGCGGGGAAUGGAGAAACCUUCAUUUAAUGGCGUUUUUCGGCGUUAUGAAGGCUUCAGCUCAACAUAGGCGACGGGGUCGCCGUGGUGUGCGCCUCACCGAUGAUAUGGAUGGUGCUACUGAUGAGGAAGAUGGUGACGAUGACGACGAUCUCGACUAAAGACAGUGGUUUUUUAAACAAACUCCCUGUUCCUGUCCACGCUUUGCUGCGUCCGGAUCUCGUCGCCUCCUCUUGUGUGCACCCCCUGCUCUUCUAUCGGUUAAAGAUACUCCGUCUCCAGGAUUUUUUGGUCUUUCCAAGAAUGCUGGGGACAUAGGACCCCGAUCCAUGAGGGCUUUGCUUGGGUUACGGUUUCUGGUUGGCGUGAUCAUGCCGGAGUUGUGUCUGUCAAAAGUUUGAAUGAUUCUAUGAUAUGAAUGGUCUCAUCGGCCUGCAUGUUUUAAGGAUUCAGCACUGAUGGCUGGAACUAGGUUAGCUACUUUUUUUUUUCACUGUCUAUAGAUACUUGCGUGUGUAUACACGGGAUUUUAUAGUUGAUCUACCUUGAAU